AUGUAUCACACUAAAUCAUUUAAAACACGACCUAAAAAAAUACAACAAACAAAGCAACAAUCAGAACCAGUUCUUACGACUGAAAGUGGAGAAGAAUUUACAAGUGAUUCCUUGAGUCAAGUAUCUAAUGAAAUUGUGACUCCGCUUUCUCAACUACUUUGUCUUUCACCUAUUCCCGAGACGAUUAUCAAUAGCAGAGAAACAAUUUCAAGUCUUUCUAGAAGAAUCACAAUCGAAGAAAAUACUAGCGACCAAGCGAGAACAGCAAGACAUACCGUAAAAGUUGCGGUUGCACGACACACAAGCUUUCGCCGUACCUGGUACAAACAAGAAUACGAACAGCAUGCACGAGAUCGUGCUCGUCGUGUACAACAGCUAGAAGAGGAGGAAGAGCAAAAAACAUCAAAGAACACUAGUGAAAGUAGAGCAUAUUGCAUUGGAUCAACUGCAGACAAUAAGGGUAAUGAGGGUGAAGGAUUGGAUCCGGAAAUGGCAAAUCAUGGUAAUCUUAUAUACAUAACUUUUGAGGACGGAGUGAAACCAGGCACUUCAGCAUUUUCUGCUGGUAAACAGCCAGCAUCAACAGUAGGACCAUUUGAGCCAACAACGAAUACCAGUUCAUCAUCAGCAUGA